GAUCUGGUUGUCCCCUGGGAUUAAGGCAUGCUGUGGACUCUGCAAAAAGGCUCUAGGCUAGAUAGGUCUUCAGCAGGUGCCAGGAAGCUCUGAUGAAUUUUGCCACCCAUCCCAACCCCACUACUGACAUCUACAGUACUUUUCACAUCCCCGGGGGACCUUGUGACUAUUUAUACCUUAACCUCGAACCUUAAGGUUGUGGUUUGUGUGUGACAGUGAUUGGAUAUGUGUAUUCUAGUUGGCUACAUGUCAAAACUAAAGAGAUGUUUAAGGAGCUGAGAAUCCUAACGUUUUUGGUGUCUUGUCGUGUCUUUUUGGUGAGAGAUGUGAACUGAGGUUGGGCUGAAUGAUAAUGUUACUGUACAUGGAAAUGCUUGACUCUUUUUUUUUUUAUUAGUGAUUGCGUUGAUAACAGCCUGAUUUUGAUCUAUGAACUUGAUCUAUGAAGGUUGAUCUAUGAACUUCCAGAUGUGAUAGGCAGGAAACUGACUCACUAGACAAGUUUCAUGGCUUUGCUUACAUUGUUUCUGUUUAGCCCCCCUUACAUUCUGUUUCCCCUGGGGUUUGUCUGUCACUUUGCAUAACAGUAUUUUAAAAACAAAUUUUCAAAAAAUCUUGCCACUGUUGGUGCUCUCUUUUCCUUUUCACUUAAUUUGGAUGAUAAAAAUUACUCUAGUCAGUUUCCUUUCAUUAGCUUUUAGUCUUUCACUUUCUAGAUCUCAUGGACUAAUCAGUGUUACUGUUUGGGUUCACAACACUGUAAAAGAACGUUUGGGGAGAGGGAGACAGAAACACUUUUCUUACUAUAUUUUAUACAAUUAUUUUUUUAAUCUAAACUAGUAGAGUGGCUUUUUGAAUUAAAAAAAACCCCAAAUUUAGGAAUGUGCUCAAAUAGAUUAAGAGAAAUAUAAUUAAAACAAAAUUAAAGUAAUAAAUGGAAUCCAAUAAUUUGAGAAUUGCUUGCUUAUUUGUUAAAACAAAAUAAGGACCACAUCCUCCUACUUUUCUACUGAAGCAAGUAUUCCCAGGGCCUUCAUUGGAAACUGUUUUUUGUGCAAGGGUUCCCAGAUCAGCGCAUAUUAGAUGUUUUUGGGGCCAGGAUAUCACCUUUGACAUCACUGGGAGUUUUGCCAUUGAGUUCAGUGGAGCCAAGAUUUCCCCACACAUGAUUAUCUAGAUAUUUCCACUUCAUGAUAAAGAAAGACUUGAGAAAUGGUUGCGGAAUAUGAAACGUGACACGUGGACUCCCAGUAAGCACCAGCUCCUGUGCAGUGACCAUUUUACCCCUGACUCUCUUGAUGUGCGAUGGGGAAUUCGAUAUUUGAAACAUACUGCAAUACCAACUAUUUUCUCUUUGCCUGAUAAUCAGGAAAAAGACCCUUCUCAGCACAAGCCACAAGAGAUAAAAACAGAGGAUGGGGAGGACAUCAGUGUGUAUGUAGAGUCAGAUAAUGUAUCUGCAUCGUUUGAACCUUGUUCGCCAAAGAAAAGUGUCACAAUUGCAGAAAGGCUAGAUGAAAACACUGAAGCAGUUUGUUUAUCAACCCUGAGCAAACCUCCACAAAAGAAAAUGCCGUUUCAGAACAUGGAAAACUUGCAAGCAGGCACCAUAAUUAUUAGUUCAUCUGAGCAGCAUAUUCAACAAACACCUGUUUUAAUGGCAGAAGCUGUCCAGAACAUAGAAGCAAGUAAUGUUCAUACAUCGGUAGAGAAUCUUUUAAGUUGUACAGCCACAGUUUUGCAAGUUACAGACCCUGAAUACCUGGAUUCAUCUUUGAAAUUUAAAAAUGCGGGUGGACCAGUUAUUGACCAUCUAGCUGAGAAUCCUAACUCACAUAUUGCAGUCUGCUCUGUGGAAGUACAGCCGAGUGAAAACGCAGUUUUUUUCAGUACAAUCACACGAACUAUCGAACAGUUUAAUGGAAAUGAUGAAUCUGUCAUUGCUAUCAUUGUACCUGCUGAGUGUUCUAAAGAGCCUUCAAUGGUAAGUAGUUCUUUCAUGCCUAUUAAACAGGAGUUCAUAGAGAUGGAAGAAAUAGAAAUUCAAAAAUCAGCAUAUAUAAACAAUUAUGGUGAAACUGAAGUAUUACAAACUGAGCAUUCGUAUUGCAGACAAGACAUAGACAGGGAUCAUCUCUGGCAAAAAAUUGCAAAGCUGCAUUCUAAGAUAACACUCCUUGAAAAACAGGAAAGAAAAACUUUAGGUAGGCUCAAAUCCUUGGAAGCUCUUAUCGGACAACUAAAACAGGAAAACCUGCUUUCUGAAGAAAAGCUCAAGAUUGUAGAAAAUUGUUUCACAACUUUUGAAGUGACUAUGAUUCAAUAAAAUCUUUAAAAUGGGUGUUCUAA